AUUAAAAAGCCGACAAUGAUCGAGAUGGAAAGUAAACAAAAAAUCAAGAAUAAAUCACUACCUGAGCGCAUACCGGCGUUUGGUAUUAUAUGUGCCUUAAUUGGCGUUACAAUGUUUUCGUUGGGAUCGCUUAUAGCAAAAUACUUUUAUGCACCUCUGAUGCAUAUUUCAAUUCAUACCCUUCUUUAUCAUAACUGUAUGGAAAAAUACCCAGUUUUUGGGGAACCGGGUCACCGAUGGGACCUAUUCAUAAGGUGCAUCACUGGUACCACAUCGCUAAUCACCCUGUACACAUCAUACCGUCUAAUGCUUCUAUCUGACUCAACCACAAUCUACCAAGCAUCCCCAAUAUUUGUCACAGUAUUUGCAUACCUAAUACUGCGAGAUCGACCCAACGUGGUUCAGCUAAUCUCCGGGGUGAUUACAGUCAGCGGAGUGUUUAUCAUAUCUAAACCCGAGUUCAUAUUCGGUUCGGAGGGUCCGGACAAGUAUGACAAGCGUUGGGUUGGCUUAGUAUUGUCGCUGACCGCUGCGAUAACAUCGGCAAUGUCCCUGAUCAAUUUGCGCAAACUCAAGUCGACCCCGGUGCCCGUAGUGGUCAUGUGGUACUCAUUGGCAGUUGUGGUCAUCGGUGGGUCAGUGUUGCCAAUACUGGACCGCUGGACACUGCCCACCGGUAUUAGACAAUGGGGUUUAUUGAUAGCUAUAGGGGCUGCCGGUGUGUUGAAUCAAUAUUUCCAAACCACCGCGUUCAAAUAUGAAAGUCCCGGACCCAUUUCAGUCACAAGGAGUUUUAAUAUUGUACUGGCAUUCAUAUGGGAAGUAACAAUAUUCCACGAGCCCGUCCAGUGA